UUUAUCAAUGGUGGACUGGUCAAGAAAGUCAUCCGCCACCGCAGAGAGACCCUGAUACCCAAGAAAACCCAGGAGAACCUGACCCUACCACAUCAUAACCAGCCGGUGGUGUUCAACCAUGUCUACAACAUCAAUGUCCCCUCCACUAACUUCUGCUCAGUGGAUCUGGACUCACCAGGAGGCACUGAGCUCAAACACAAGAGUGCCUCCAUGGACAUGCAGAACAGCGAGCACAUGGAGCACACAGUGGAUGGUGACAAUCAAAUUGUUUUUACUCACCGUAUUAAUAUUCCUAAGCAGGCAUGCGGCUGCAACACUGAGCAGCCAGACAUCAAAGAUAUCCUGAACAGACUAGAACUGUUGGAGUCAGAGCUGUCCAGUCUGAGAGAACAGUGCAGCAGUGGAGCAGGCUGCUGUGGAGCUCAAGUUACAGGGGAAGUGUCUACUAAGCCCUACUGUAACGGACGUGGCAACUGGAGUACUGAGACCUGCAGCUGCACAUGUGAACCUGGAUGGAAGGGCCCCAACUGCACAGAGCCUGAGUGCCUCAGUGACUGCCAGGACCAGGGUCGCUGUGUAGAAGGCAGGUGUGAAUGCUUUGAGGGUUUUGGCGGGGACGACUGUGGUAUUGAGAUGUGCCUGUUAGACUGUGGUGACUACGGCCACUGUGUUGAAGGGUCCUGUCUCUGUGAGGAUGGCUUCAUCGGUGAGGACUGUUCCCAGACCAACUGUCUGAACAACUGCUUUGGUCGCGGUCGCUGCAUGGAAGAUGAGUGUGUUUGCGACGAGCCAUGGACGGGCUUUGACUGCUCUGAACUCAUCUGUCCUAAUGACUGUUAUGAUCGAGGACGCUGUGUCAAUGGUACCUGCUACUGUGAAGAGCGAUUCACCGGGGAGGAUUGUGGUGACCUCAGUUGUCCUGACAACUGCAACAACCAUGGCAUAUGUGUGAAUGGCCGGUGUGAGUGUCAGAGCAACUACAGUGGAGAGGAUUGUUCAAAGCUUAUAUGCCCCAAGAACUGCCAUGAAAGAGGCCACUGCUUCAACGGGAAGUGCAUUUGUGAUCCGGGCUUUGAAGGUGAAGAUUGCUCAAUCCUCUCCUGCCCUGACAACUGCAGCAACAAGGGUCAGUGCAUCAAUGGAAAAUGUGUGUGUGACAUAGGAUACCAAGGUGAAGACUGCAGUGAGCUCUCAUGUCCCAAUAACUGCCUAGACCAGGGUCGCUGUGUUAAUGGACAGUGCAUAUGUGACAAAGGCUAUGCUGGGGAAGACUGUAGUGUCAAGACUUGUCCUAAAGACUGUCUAGGAAGAGGGGAGUGUGUGGAUGGAAAGUGUAAGUGUUUUGUGGGCUUUACAGGCAAAGACUGUAGUGAGUUGACAUGUCCCAAUGACUGCCUGGACAGGGGUCACUGUGUGAAUGGUCAAUGUGUUUGUCAUAAGGGUUUCACUGGAGAGGACUGCAGUGAGAAAACAUGCCCUAAGAACUGUUUAGACAGAGGACACUGCAUCGAUGGAAGUUGUGUGUGUUAUGAGGGAUUUACAGGGCUGGACUGCUCUGAAAUGACCUGUCCAGGAGACUGCCAGAACCAUGGGCAAUGUGUAAACGGAGUGUGCAUCUGUGACGAGGGUUUCAUUGAGGAGGACUGCUCUGAAGUUUCACCACCCAAAGACCUAACUGUCGUGGAGGUCAGCCCAGAAACUGUGGACCUGUCCUGGGAAAAUGCAAUGCGUGUGAAAGAGUACCUCAUCAGCUAUGUGCCCACCACCCCUGGAGGUCUGGAGCUUGACAUGCGGGUGCCUGGGGAUCAGAAAGAAGCCACAGUUCGAGAGCUUGAGCCUGGUGUGGAGUACUUGAUCAGCGUCUAUGCUGUACUCAACAACAAGAAGAGUGUUCCUGUUAUUGGUCGGGUGGCAACACAUCUUCCAGAGCCUGAGGGUUUAAAAUUUAAGUCAGUGCGAGAAACUUCAGUGGAAGUACAGUGGGAGCCUUUGGAUAUUCCCUUUGAUGGAUGGAAUCUCAUUUUCCGAAACACAAAAGAGGAGGAUGGUGAGAUUCUUAGCUCACUCAGCCGCCCAGAGACCACCUUUGAGCAGUCUGGUCUGGGUCCAGGACAGGAGUAUGAGGUCAAACUGGAGGUGGUGAAAAACAAUAAGCGUGGGCCUCCUGCCUCUAAGAAUGUUGUCACAAUGAUUGAUGCCCCCAGCCAGGUGAAUGUGCGUGAUGUGACAGAAACCACCGCCCUUGUGACUUGGUUCCAACCUGUGGCUGCUGUGGAUGGGAUCACCGUUGCCUUUUGGCCCAGCCUAAACCCUGUUGAUCGACAUGUGAUUGAGCUGUCCUCCACUGACACCCAGUACCACCUGGUAGACCUGCACCCUGACACCCAGUAUAAGGUGUCUUUGCUUGCCAGGAAUCGGGGACAGAGCAGCUCACCAGUGUACAACUCCUUCCUCACAAACCUGGAUGCUCCGAGAGAUCUACAGACAGUGGAUCUGACAGAUGAGAGCAUCACUCUGGAGUGGAAAAACGGUCAGGCUCAGGUGGACCAGUACCGCAUCAAGUAUGGGCCAUUAUCUGGAGGUGAACACGGAGAACUGCUCUUCCCCCCUGGACCGAAAGACUCCACUCAGGCUAAGAUCACCGGCCUAAGACCAGGAACAGAGUAUGGGAUGGGUGUGACAGCAGUGAAGGACGAACGGGAGAGUUUGCCUACCACCACUAACGCAGUAACAGCCCUGGAUGCUCCUAGAGAUCUGACUGUAGGAACAGUCACUGAGACUACCAUGAUGCUGGAGUGGAAGUGCCCUUUGGCCAAACUGGACACCUACAGAGUGGUCUAUGUUUCAGCUGAUGGCCACAGGGCUGAAGACAUAGUCACAGGCAGCUCUGAGUCACAUACACUGAAAGGCCUGAUACCUGGUAUGCUGUAUACCAUCAGCAUCACUGCAGAGAGGGGACACAGAACCAGUGUACCUGCCACUAUCUCAGCCCCUACAGACUUGGAUUUACCAAAGGGCAUUCGUUUCUCAGAUGUGACUGACACAUCUGCCACUGUUCACUGGGUGACUCCAAGAGCUCGGGUGGACAACUACCAGGUCACCUACUUACCUGCCCACGGAGGUAAUGCUAAGACGCUGACAGUGGAUGGCUCUGAGUCUCAGACAGUGCUGCCCAACCUGACACCUGGGGUCACGUAUGAGGUCACUAUUGUUGCCCUCAAAGGUCAGAGGGAAAGUGAGCCAGGAUCGGACAGUGUCACCACAGUGGCUCCAGUGAUGGAGCGUGUAUCAGGAAAUGUGGUGGAGUUUGAGAUGAGCUCUCUGACGCCGGCGACACACUACACUGUGAAGGUCUACGCUGUAAGGGACAUGGCCAAGAGCGCAGCUACUACAACAGAAUUUACCACAGAUGUGGACGCCCCUCAAGACCUUGCAGCCAGCAACAUCCAGACAGAAAACACUAUGCUCAGCUGGAAACCUCCCCGUGCUGACAUCACUGGCUACAUCCUCAGCUUUGAGUCUGCUGGUGGAACCAUUCGAGAGGUGGUUCUGAGUCCCACUGCUGUGUCAUACAACAUGGCCCAGUUGAUCGCCUCCACACAGUACUCUGUCAGGCUGCAGGCCCUUGCCGGACCCAAGAGAAGCCAAGUUAUCAGCACCACCUUCACCACCA